UGUUUGGUUGACGUAUUGUAGCAAAUUAAAAUUUAAAUAUGAACUGUUUUCGUUGAUAUUUGUUGAAAUAUAACUUUUAUAUUAAAGAGGAUUUACAAAUAUGAGUAAUAUUUAUAUACAAGAACCACCCACUAAAGGAAAAGUGAUGAUGAAAACUACUGUUGGUGACAUUGAUUUAGAGUUAUGGGCAAAAGAGACUCCAAAAGCAUGUAGAAAUUUUAUACAAUUAUGUAUGGAAGGCUAUUAUGAUAAUACCAUAUUUCAUAGAAUCAUUAAAGGAUUCAUAGCACAGGGUGGGGAUCCAACGGGUACAGGAGAAGGUGGUGAAAGCAUAUAUGGACAGGCAUUUAAAGAUGAAUUUCACACAAGAUUACGAUUUUGUCGAAGAGGUUUAAUUGCUAUGGCUAAUGCUGGAAAAGAUGAUAAUGGUUCUCAGUUCUUUUUUACUCUUGGUUCCACACCAGAGUUGCAAAAUAAGCAUACUAUCUUUGGUAAGGUUACUGGAGAAACUAUAUUUAACAUGCUUAAACUUGAAGAAGCGCUUGUAGAUGAGGACGAUAGACCACUUUAUCCUCCAAAAAUUAUAAAAACACAAAUAUUGAAGAAUCCAUUUCCUGAUAUUGUACCAAGGAUAAUAUCAAAGAAAAAUGAAGAAAUAAACGAUAGCUUAAAAACUAAAAGGACAGGAGUAAAAAAUUUUAAUCUUUUAUCGUUUGGUGAGGAAGCAGAGGAAGAUGAAGAAGAAUCUGUGAUACUUAAUAAACAGUUCAGUAGUAAAGGCAAGUCUGCGCAUGAUCACCUAACUGAUCCAAAAUUAAGUGCACAACCAGCUAUUGAACCAGCUGGACCUCCAAAUAAAAAAAUAAAAAACGACCGUAGUAGCGAUUGGGAAAGCGAUGUGGAAGAAAAAACUCAAGAGGAAUUAGAAGUUAUAAAAAAAGAAAAGGAAGCAAUGAAAGAAAGAAUAAAAAAUAAAUUAAGAGAUACGAAGAAAAAUUCUAAAACAGAAAAUUAUAAGGUAGAUGAUGAUGAAGAUGAUAAAGAGAUAAAGGAAGAUAAAUAUUAUCUUGGGAAAGACAGAGAUGAAGAACGUAAAAGAAAAGCGGAAGAAAUUAGAAAACAAAUUCGGGAUUUUAAACGUGAUGUUCAAAAUGAAAAAAAAGCGAAAGAAGCAGAUCAAAAACUAAGACAAGAUCAGGUGGAAAAGGAAGUAAAGAAAACUGAGAUUAUGAAAGAAUAUAUAGAAACUCAAGAGAAAUAUAAAGAAGCAAAGUCGAAAUUACCUAAAAAGGGGAAAAGUCGCGAGGACUUCACAAUGGAGUUAUUAAACAAGUUCAAAUCUAAACUUCAAACUGCUAAGGAAACUAUAAGAGAAAGAUCGCUGAGUCCAUUAAAAAAAGAAGAUAACAAAGAGGAUGAUUUUGAUCCAGCUGAUGAGUCUUGGAUGAUACAUGCAUUACAUUGUGAAGAAAAAGCACCUGUUCUUGCUAAAGAUGCAAGUACAAAAGACGAUGAUUGGUUUGAAAUUUAUGAUCCUCGAAAUCCUCUUAAUAAGCGACGAAGAGGAGAAAGAUCGCAUAAAUCAAAUGAUGAUAAAAAUAGGCAAUCCGAUUCUCGUCGCAAAUAAUAUUUAUCAUAAAUAAUCUUAUACCUACACAUGCAAGUAAUUAUAGUAUUUUUGUAUUACUUUUUUGUGUACAGAAUUGUGUAUAAGAGUAUGUUAUAUUAAAUAUUUCUUUUAAAAAAAAUUUAUACAUUUACUGAAGAAGUAAGUAGUAUUUUGGAAAAAAUGUGAUAGCUUUAUAUUUUAAAAUUCAAAAAUUAAUUUUUUGUGCAGAUAUUAUUUUUUAGGUAGUUUAGUAUUUUGUAGUUUCGCAUCAGCUGCGAAACAAAAAUUAUGUACGUAUGUGUGCUUUUGAUGCCGUAUGGUCGUGUUUACCAUACUUUAGAUAACUGCAAUAUUUUGAUGGCAAAGAUGGAUAACGAUAGUGCCAUGAUUUUGUGCAAAUAGACGUAUAGAUCGUAGCUUAUCCAGAGCACAGUAAAAUUUGAUAAGACACUGAUACAAAACAUGACAUAUUCGUUCACUGAUUCAGUCGAUCUGUUGACAGCGGACGAUACGCAUCGUAUAUUUACAUACGUAAUUUCCCGUUUGCAUAAAUAUAAUUAUGUAUUCAUUUAAUGAAUUAUACAUUUAUUGUAAAUAUCAGUGGAAGUAAAGUUGAAUAACUGUUUUAAAAAGAGAAAUAAUUUAAAUAUUCUUUUUAAUUGUAGUAAUCAAUAAAAAAUUUGAAAAAAGGAUUAUUUUUAUUUAAAAA